AUCAAAAUCAGAUCCCUGAAUACGGCGUGACGGUCGAGAUCGGCAACUUUAAGGCUGACCUUGGGUCAGUGCGAGUGGUGUUGGAUAAAGAGGGCGACUCUUUUAAGUCCUUCAUGUCUGGGGUCGCAGGAGGAGCUGGUCUGGUCACCUUGAUUCUAAUUAUAGUAACAGUGACGCUAGUUAUGAAGGUGAAAAAAGCGAAAAUGCUGAAAAAUGAGCCAUCAUCACUAAUAGCCUUAGCUGAAGCCCAGUCAGGUAGUUAUUCUAGUAUAUAAUUAUAGUAAUUUUACCUUUAUUUUAAUCCAUUGAUAGAUGAUUAUCAUAAAAUUCAUUGAAUACAUAAUCAAUUUUCUUUUUAAGGUUUGCUGGUUCGUGUGCACACAUUUACAGCAUCAAUCAAUUUUUGGCGGGGCAAAAUUUUAUACAAGACAAACCACAUUGGAAAUUAUAUAAAUUCACUUAAAAGAAACAAAUAUUGAUUGUGCAAAUAAAGAAAUGAACUGUAAGAAAUAAUUUUAUUCCCGUCCGUGGGUCAAGCAACAAAUUAUGUCAACACAUCCACUACAAAUAGAUGGUCCUCAUUUGAUUUAUUUCUGGGGAUACUCUGGAGCGCGUAAGUUGUUUUUCGCACGCCCGUAAAGGUUUCAGAAUUAGGUUAUCCAUUUCGAAAUAUUCCUUGAUGGGCCGGGGGGCCCUUAUUUUAUUUUCUAAUAUGAGCUAUAUAAUUAUAAUUGCAAAUAGAGCUAUUGUGUGGGUGGAUGGAAUUGAAUCUAAUACAUUAGCGACAUUUCAGAUUGUUUCAGACAUAAUAAACAGAUUUCUGGAUUAGUACAAUCAUUUUACAAUCUCGAUUUUGAGGCCGGGGGCCUUAAUUUAUUAUUUUUACUUUUAUUAUGUGAGCUAUAUAAAUAUAAUUUGAAACAGAACGACUGCAUGGGUGGAGGGAUUUAUUGUAAUACAAGUAGCGACAUUUCAGUUUGGAUGUGAUGUAAUCAGUAGGUUUCUGAAUUAAUACAAUCAUUUUAAAAUUUUUCUUUGAGGCCGGGGACACUAAUGUUUAAAUUGUUUUUUUUUUAUUAUGUGAGCUAUAUAAUAAAUAUAUAAUUCCAUGAAUGCAUCAAUCGCUACAAGUCUGGCAACUAAAUUUUGAAAAUGCAUGCCUCUCAUGUAGGAAAAACUUCUAAUUUAUUUGUGUACGCACCAGACGGAAAAAAAUAAAAAUAACUUCUAUUUAAAAAUUACUUCAAAAACUUAAUUAAAAUAAAAAACGAUUUUGUUCUCUGAGUGUCAUUGCAACGCAUGCCGGGUUCUGGCUAGUAUGAUAUAAACACAUAUUUUGAAUCCUGUAGGGGCAUUUGACCCCCCCCCCGUCCCCUGGACAGAUCCCUGAAAGAAACGCUGGCUGGGUGGCGGACUGGAAGAAUCUCCGGACGGCUUAUUUACCCAUUUUCCAUCACCCUAUCGAGCUGAAACUUGGCACAUAGACUCGUUGUAACGCCAACACACGGUAUCAGUUUUUUUAGAUCCAAAACCGACCAUCAAACCCUAAAUCCCAAAAAUCAAGAUAAAAUAAAAUUCUCGAUAACUGGGCAAAAUAAGAUUCUUUCUUUUUUUUUUAAAUUUGCAAAUAGUUUGGUGCGUAAUAUUUUCUUUUGUUUUUCUAAAAUUUUUGGUGAAAUAAAUCUGCGGUGUAAAAGGUUGUGGGUCAUAAGAGUUUUAGUAUAUGUCAGGGACAUGAAAAAAAUGUGCUUUUGCGAGCCUUCUUAUAAUUUGCUUUUACUUCUCUGCAUGUAUUGUCAAAUUUUAAGCUCCGCCCUUUUUUUGCAAGAUGUUCUAUUUUGUAAAGCAUUUACAAGAAAAUCUUGAGUUUCAGGAGUUGUGUAAUUCUAAACUUAACUCCAUCAUAAAAGUAAUUCUAUUAUUCCAACACCUCCCAAGAAUCGUGGUCGUUGACAUUUUCCGUAACUGAAAUAGGGUUGAGCUGACCUAGUCGUGUACAUCCGAUUUCACGCACUGUUCAGAUUUUAUGAAGAAUUCCUGAAAAUACCUACUAACUCAGAUAAUUCAUCCAUACGAAACUUGUUAUUUUCUAAAAAGUUCGGCUAUUCAGAGAUUUUAACAAAUUGUUUCUACAUGUAUUUCAAUUAAGUCAAUACCUGUAUAAUCGUGUUAAAUAUUUUUAAAUAUGUUCAAUUUAUAAGCUAAUUUGCUCUAAUGCAGUGUUCUUUAAAAUUUUUCUUUACUCAAGGAACACAUAGCGCAAUGCCAGUAAAACGUAUCAUAUAGCUGUUUCAUAAUUGGACUGUUAUUUGCUUAACAACGCGAUCAGACCUUCUAGCUUAUUGUUUAUGAUAAAAAUAUCAGAAGGCUAGAAAUUCAAUCCAUUUUUGAAAUAUUAAUUAUUUAUGUUCGUUUAUUCAUUGCUGACGUUUCUUGUUUACAGAUUCCAGCAUAGUAAGGAAAAUAAAUUAAAUUAACCGUACGUUGCAUCCUGAUAUAACUACUAUAUAGGUCUCAAGGAUUAGCUACUUAUAUAAAAUAUUUUUUUUUAAUGUUCAUAUUAGAUCUAAUUAAUAACAUAUUACAAAUCGACUCCGCAUUUUGAUAUGGCUCCAAGUUCUCUGUACUCUAUCACAGACGAAGAGAUGAUAUAAUAUAAUGCUGGUAUUAACUUUAUAUUUGCUCUGUUGUUUUUUUUCAAAGUUGUUAAACCUUGAUGGAAGGAUUUAACAAACUUGCUCGUUGUCUUAAUUCAACUUUUCACAUAACCCUCAAAUUUACUUUACUCUCAUCCACUCUGUCAGCACAUAACGUCUGUCACCCACAAGCCACCAUUUGAAAACAAUCCAAGUAUAAAUGUUCAAUUGGGGUUUUUCAUCUUUACUUCUUUCUUUUGACCCUUCGAUUAUUUGCUAGAUAAAUAUAUGUAAACAAAAUGUCUUUUUUAAAAUGACCUCACUACAGCCACGUUCUGAUCAGAUGAUUUCCAAACCAGUGGAUCCCAUUUUGUGGGCUCGCAAAAGGCUCGGGUUCUCUAGGCAUGUCAUUCAUUUAUUUUUAGUGUAAUCGGGCGCUGUUGCUCUCAUUUAAAUUGGAGUGUGCAAACAAUAAAAGACUCAUCUUGGCAAAUGUAGCAGUGCUUGGAGGGACUGCACAUUAUAGGGGGGCCCACGCAUUAUAGGGGGCAAACGCAUUACAGGGGUCAAACGCAUUAUAGGGGUCAAACGCAUUAUAGGGGUCAAACGCAUUAUAGGGGUCAAACGCAUUAUAGGGGUCAAACGCAUUAUAGGGGUCAAACGCAUUACAGGGGUCAAACGCAUUAUAGGGGUCAAACGCAUUAUAAGGGUCAAACGCAUUAUAUUGGUCAAACGCAUUAUAAGGAUCAAACGCAUUAUAGGGAUCAAAGGCAUUAUAGGGGUCAAACGCAUUAUAGGGGUCAAACGCAUUAUAGGGGUCAAACACAUUACAGGGGUCAAACGCAUUAUAGGGGUCAAACGCAUUAUAAGGGUCAAACGCAUUAUAGGGAUCAAAGGCAUUAUAGGGGUCAAACGCAUUACAGGGAUCAAAGGCAUUAUAGGGGUCAAACGCAUUAUAUGGGUCAAACGCAUUAUAUUGGUCAAACGCAUUAUAGGGGUCAAACGCAUUAUAGGGGUCAAACGCAUUAUAGGGGUCAAACGCAUUAUAGGGGGGCCACGACAAAGGACCCAAAAAUGAGUAGUCUAAGAAAAUCGACAUGCAUGGCCAUAUCCUCUUUUUAAAAGGAGACACAUGUCUGAAUGGACGUUCAGUAUCAGUGCCUUAACUCCCCGCGCAGGGCCUCGCCGUGGUGCGUCCAUCUUCUGACUGAGCAUUUGUAAGUUGUCUCGGUGAAUUCCCGACGAAACACAAACACGCGUUAUCUCAUUAAACCUUUUCACAUCCCAAAAACUCUCCUUGGAUCCAUUGGAUCUCUAGAUCCAGGCACGUCACAUGGCCCAAAAUUUGUUUCUAUUACUGUUCACAAUCUCCUUACAACGUCUAUCAAAAAAAUUCUAAAGAAUCUAAAUCCUAGAAUCAUGAAAAUAGUCGAUCACAUCACUGAAGUUCUUAUUUCGGAAAAAGUUUGAAAAGGGACUAAAUAAAAAAGAAUUUCUCAUUGAUUCAGAGCGCAAAGACACGUUUUAAAAUUGGUUUUCUCCUGAGCUUUAUUUAUUCAGGAGUAGCAGGGACGUGGGAUUUAGGCCUGGUCCUAGGCUAAUAUGCUGGGUUAGGGCCAAGAAAAUAAAUCCCACUGGCCAAAUAAGUAAUUUUAGCUAAAUAAAUUCCUUUUAAAUAUAUGAUUUAUUGAUUUUCAAAUUUAAAAUAUUGAAUUAUUUAAAAUGUGGAAAAGUUGUAUUGCAUUUUAUUCAGACUCGGACACAGAAGUGAUGGAUAUGACAUUGAUUAUAAGAGAUAUUUCCGCGGGGGCUCCCAAAGUAUUAACUACCUAGAGACCUCAUCAGGGCCUAAUCCACCAAUGAUUAAGACUGACGUAGUCUAAAUAAAUACCACAGGAUCUGAAGGCAUGCUUCAGCCGUAACAAUUUCCCAUUUAUUUUGAAGGAAGUGACGUAACGACUAAACCCAACCUUAAACAGAUUCUAGAUUCUGUUGUAGAGAUGGGCAAUAAAUUGAAAAUGGACAAUCUCAUUGUCAGUUUGGAUCAACUCAUAAUCGGCAGAACAAUUGGAACUGGUGAGAUGAGGAAACGUUAUGUUCUUUUUAAAAGUUAAAACAUGUUUUAUAGCAAAAAACAACUCCAAAAUGAGAUUCUUCAGUUUCUGAAGAUGAAUUUUCUUUUACAUUGAUAUUGUAAUUAGUUAUAACAUUAUUUUAUCAUGAGUCAUUGGAGCUAUUUUUUUUUUUUUUUUUUUUUUUAAAUCUCUUUAUUUGUGAUUUAAACAGAAAUGUUAGAGCAUCCAUGUGAGUCACAUCGAGAGCUUAUUUAUUUUUUAAAUGGUUUAAACAUUCAUUGUAAUAUUGAGAUUUAAAUUUUAUCAAAAUUAAUAUUUCUGAUCACCUUAGGUCAUUUCAGUCUGGUGUACGAAGGUCUCUUGAUGAGAGGAUCAGGUCAACCACCUCAACAAGUAGCCGUUAAAGCUCUCAAAGGUCAACUGUUGUAGAUCAUCUAGAUUGAUAUUUUUUUUAAAAUGUAUUUCAUAUGUAAAAAAACCACAACCAUAUAUUUAAUGUCUUGAGAUUAAUUUUUGUGUUUUUAAUUAAGACGAAAUUGGGGUGAGAGGUGGGCUGCUAGAGGGGGGGAGGGGGCAGAAUAAAAGAGUUUUAGAUGAUAAAAAUUGAAAACAAAAUAGUUAAACGAAAAAGACUCAUUUAAAAAAUUUAUUCACUGUUAAAAAAUUGUGUAACGUGCAAAUGAUAUAGUGUGGAAAAGGUGUUUUUUCUCCAAAUAUUUGACAUUAAAAAAAUUCAUGUCAAAAGAUCCCAUUGCUCACAACAUCGACCUAGUCGGCCUUGUCGAAGAAGCUGUCAUCAUGAGAGAAUUCAAGCAUCCAAAUGUACUCGGUCUGAUUGGACUGGCGGAGAAAGAACCAGGAGUCCCAUACGUCAUUCUGCCCUUUAUGGAGAAUCAUGACCUUUUGACCUUCGUGCGUGACAUCUCAGUGGUAUGUAUAAUGAGUUUAAAUAGUUUCUAAUUUUUAACACGCGUAAUUCGUUGGGAACAUUUGACAUUACUUUCUCAACGAAAAACAGUUCUAACGUCAUGUCUGACUUUCCCACAUUUAAGUGUCCAAAAUCUCUCUUUGACAGUUCAAUUCUCCCAUCCAUAAUUAUUAAAAUUUUAAAACAGUUAUUUUGUUCUAUGUUAAUUAUUGCAUUUGUUUUAAUGUACAAGAUGAAAGACAUAAAGACAUCUAAAUAUAUUAAAAAAACAAUUUACUGUAAAAUCAAAGUAGAUCGUGUUAUAAUAUAAUUCUCUAUUUUAAGAUGCUUUGUUCUUCUAGUUUGCCUCAUAUCAAGUAAAAAUGAUAGGCCCUGCUUAAGGGAAUCAUCCUAAUAAAUCUCACUGUUUGCAGUUGACAACACUGAUCCAGAACAUACUCAAAUAUUUCUUAGUAUAUCUGUCUUCGCUACCAAUUUAAUGUCAUACUUUUUGUCUGCUAACUAGACUCUAACCUUACAUGACGUCAUUAAAUAUGGAGCGGACAUAGCGAAUGGCAUGGCCUACCUCAGCCAACUCAGAUGUGUCCAUCGCGAUCUAUCAGCCAGGAAUUGCAUGUGAGUAUGUAUUAUACAAACAGAAAUUGUAUUUGAGUACAUUUUAUACAAUUUAAAUUUAUAAAAUGGCUUGUUUUUAUUCACUUACCCAUAAGUACAUCAGUUGCUAGGAUCACACAUACUUUCACAUUUUUCAUUGGUACCAUCAUCUGCUGUAACUUGUAGGUAAUUUUUUUUUUAAAAAGUCGCCCCUAGCUCGAGAAGAUCGCUACUUGUUCAUGGUCAACCAUGUCGUCUAUAGUUGUUGUUUUUUUUAAUGUAUUAACCAUAAUAUUAUUUACUUAGUUAUACAAUCAAUGUGCUUUGUAGAAGUAACUUGCAAUGUCUGGUGAAGAUUAUUGAUCGGUUCAUGAAGAAGAUAGUUUGUUUUUAAAAUGUCUUCAUUAAUUGAUAAAUAUACGUUUAAAUUGUGAUCAUAAUAGUCCAUGUGAUACUUAGAAUUUGGGAAAAAUCUAUGUUUCAAGGUACCAAAUCAGGAGCAACAAUAUCUUGUAAAAGUAUUUUUUAAAAAAAUUCACAUUACAAAUUAACUUAAAGUAGUAGAUUUUUAAUUAAUGACAUGAUCCUCAUUUUUUAAAAAGAAAUAUACAAAUUUACUAAUGCAUGUAAUCGAAGAGGUUAACACAAGCCUAAAUUUUUUUAGAGUCUUAAGAUUUCCUUUCUUCAAUUUCAUUUACAUUUCCAGGCUUGACCUCAAUCACAAAGUCAAGGUCGCUGAUUUUGGUCUAUGUCGGGAUGUCUAUGAAAGGGGCUACUACAAAUGUGACCAGAAGCAAAAACUGCCAAUACGAUGGAUGGCCAUUGAGAGUAUUGCAGUAGGAUCCUACAGUUCAAAGUCAGAUGUGGUGAGUCAUAGUCAUGUGUGGUGA